AUGACCAUGAUCACCAAAUCAGCGUUGGCCGCCCUUGUGGUGGCUAUGACUUCGUCCGUGGAAGCCGCCAAGCUCAAGAACGUGGUGUACUACAUGGAGUGGGCCAUCUACGGGCGCAAGUUUGGCAUCUUCGAUUUGGAUUGGGACAAGAUCACCCACAUCAACUACGCGUUCGGCAAGCCCAGCCCUGACGGUACGGUGGGGAUCAUCGACGCGCAUGCCUCAGUGAAAAAACGAUUCUCGAGACGUGGCGACUCGUGGAACGACCAAGGCAACAACUUGUACGGCAACUUUGGUCAAGGGUUCAAGCAAAAGCAAAAGGCUCGCGGCACCAAGUUCGGUCUGUCCAUUGGCGGGUGGACGUUGAGCGACCAGUUCAGCUCCAUCGCGAGCACGGAAACAGGCCGCCGCACGUUUGCCAAGAGCUCGGUGAAGCUCAUGCUGGACCUGGGGUUGGACUUUCUCGACAUUGACUGGGAGUACCCCGUGGAAGGCGGCAACGACUCGCCCCCGGUCCCCCAUCGCCCCGACGACAUCAAGAACUACGUGUUGCUGCUGAGCGCGAUCCGCGACGAGUUCAAGACGCUGCCGUGGAAGGCCGAGUUGAGCGUGGCGUCCCCCGCCGGCCCGGACAACUACCGCCACUGGGACUUUACCGCCAUCUGCGGCCAAUUGGACUUUAUCAACAUCAUGACGUACGACUUGGCGGGCAGCUGGAGCAAAUACACGGACCACCAAGCCAACUUGUACGAAGACCCGAACCACCCCCCGGGCGCCAAGUACAGCACCCACAACGCCGUGCAAGACUACAUCAAGGGAGGGUGCCCUUCGGACAAGAUCGUGCUGGGGAUUCCUGCGUACGGCCGUUCGUUCGAAGGCUCGAACGGACUCUACUCCAACUUCACCAAGCCGACCAAGGGAUCUUGGGUGGCUGGCAACGACGGCAAAGGCGUGUGGGACUACAAGGUGCUCCCCCUUCCUGGCGCGACGGAGAUCUACGACGAAAAGUUGGGCGCCACGUACAGCUACGACCCCACGUCCAAAAUCUUUACGUCGUACGAAGGGCCCAAGAGUUUGGCCCAGAAGCUCGACUACAUCAAGAAGUACAACUUGGGCGGCACCAUGUUCUGGUCGGGGGAUGCCGACGCCAAGUCCGGCUCCCCCCGGUCGUUGAUCACGCAAGUGUACAACACGUUCGGCCGAGCCAACAUGGCGUUUGAGAACAAUAACUUGAACUACCCCACGUCCCAGUAUGCUAACAUCCGCGCCGGCGCCGUGACGACUGUCGACUCCGUGAACUCGACAGCAUCCGUCACGUCUUCCCCCGUCGCCCCUGUGACGUCAACUGCUCCAGGCGCCGUGACGACUGUCGACUCCGUGAACUCGACAGCUUCCGUCACGUCUUCCCCCGCCGCCCCUGUGACGUCAAAUACUCCAGAAAUCUCGGCUGGCGCUGGCGACCAGUGCAAGGGCAACAAGAACGUGUGCUACUGGCCGUUGACGAGCCAAACCGUGCCCUUCUCGCAGGCCCGCUGCAAGUUGUAUGUGUCGCUCAUCUGGUGCCCUUAA